AUGAGUGCGACAAAUAGUACAAAUCCAGACGAGGGCGAGUUUUUGUGCAAGCCCUGCCAUCGCUCCUUUGCAACAUGGGAAGCCCUGCUGCAGCACAAGGCUUACAAGCGCAAAACUGGUGCCAAGGACCACAUUCACUGCCAAUUCUGUGGCCGAGAUUUCGAGACGGAAGAGGCGCAGGGAUCCCACAUAAAACAAAAUCACCCCAAGGAUCAAGUCCUCAAAUGUCCAGGAUGCGGCCAAGGCCCAUUCCCUCGUCUCAGCAGCCUCAUUUCGCACAUUGAGACUGGAGACUGUGCUCGGAUCGACACUUGCACAAUAGACGAGCUGCGCGAGAAGAAGCUCGAGUUUCCCCGGCGGCUCGAAAGACUCACCAAGGAAGCCGUAAAAAACAACUACACAAACUUCGCAUUGCCCAAGCCGUCGGCAGGCUCAUACCGUGCCGAGCCAGAUGCAAAAGACUCGGCCUUGCAAUGGGCUGGAAGCGACUCUCUUCAUCUUCCAGUCGAGAGCGGCAAGAACACGGCUGCGGGGAAUGACGGAGGAAAUGCGGCGAGAGAUGGAGAGGCCGUGGCCUGGAACGAGCAAAUGAAGUUGCAUCCAGAUGCCCAAGCUGUUGAGAAGAAGCCCGCUCCGUCGCAGGAGGGGGCCGAGCGAGUACUGCAUCAUUCCACGGACCCUGACGAUCCUGAUAGUCCCGGUUUCAACGCUGCUCGGUAUUACUCUGACAUUAUUGGACAGUACAUCUGUCCGAAGAAUCGAUGCGGCAAAGUUUUCAAGAAGAAGCCAGGCUUGGUAAAUCAUCUGCGAUCACCCGCGCACAGCGACAGGCAGUACCGCUGUCCAUACUGCCUGAGACCGUUCAAAUCACUGACGGCAAUCACCGCGCACGUCGAGUCCAGUUCCGUUAGUUGCCGCAUUCGAGAGACAGAUGGCUACGGGGCAUUCGUCGACCAGCUCACAGCGGGCAUGGUUGACGUGGGAAAGUCUAGGGAGGACGGGACGCUGCAGUAUUCGACGUCGGACACUUGGCUGCAAGGCUGA